AUGCUUCCAGUAUGCGCAGUUGACGCCAACCGCUUGGGCGCCAACGUCAGCAGAAUGCCCGAUGUGCGGGGUUGUCGACCUUUGGAAACAGCAACAAUCGAACCUACCAAGUUUUGCACUACGCUUCUCAACAAUCACUCGGGGCAAUUAUACGGGCAGACAACAGAUUCCUUUUUGACUGCAAAGGCCUAA